GUAAAAACCAGGAAGAGAAGGCAGCAGUCUGUGAAACUGAAAGCAGCUGUGUGAGGAAAAGGUGCAGCCAGGUGUGAAUCCAUUUGUGCCUGCUUUUCACUCGCUAGAGCCUUUCAGCCACGAUUCUGAGGGAUGAGUUCUCAGAAGCCACGCAUUGUUCCCUGGCUCAUCAGCCAAAUUGACAGCCAAAAAUACCCUGGUCUUGCAUGGAUCAACCCAGAACGGACACAGUUCUGUAUCCCCUGGAAACAUGGUCUGAGACAGGACAGAUGUGAGGAGGAUGUCAAAAUAUUUGAGGCAUGGGCUAUAACUAGUGGUUCUUAUGAUCCCAGUAAACAAAAUCCCAACCCAGCCGUGUGGAAGAGAAAUUUUCGCUCAGCGCUCAACCGCAAAGUAGACAUUAAAGUUAUCAAAGACAACAGCUCAGAUUCCAGUAAUCCUUGCAAAAUCUAUGAAAUCUCAAGAGGAAACAGCGUUGAAAGUGAUACAUGUUCUGAAGAUCAUAAUUUUGGAGAUGGUGUCAGCCCGUCAUCUGAUCAUCUGUAUCCGGUCAACUCCCAAAACAGCUUCAACUUCUCUAUGUUUCGUCAAGGAUCAGAUCUGUCAGAAAAUAUGAUGCAUUUGCAACUCUCCCAAAAUGGGGAAGAUUUGUACUGUUCUCCUAAUGUCCCAGAGAAUGCUAUGGAUGCUGUGGGUCCCUAUAACUCUUCUAUUUUAGAGAAAGUCUUGUUCGAUGUAACUGCAUCUUCCCCAGUAAACGAUUCAGAGGAAAAUCCGGUCUACCAGGAACUUUCACCAUAUACACCCAGUAAUGAACAAAUUGAGUUUCACCAGACUCCAGUACAGCAAACAUUGCCAGAUGCGAUUUCUCAAUUUUUUCCUAACAAUACAUUUGAAACACAUUUUGAAGUGAAUUUUUUUUACCGAGGAACAUUGGUUAAGAGCUGCCCGGUUACUAACACCUGUGGCUUUUGUAUUACUGCAAGACAGCAACCUAGUCAAGAAAACUACCUGGAAGAUGUGAGUCUACCAGACCCCUCAAUUAUACCCGACAAAGGAGUGGCAAGAGAGAUAAACAAAUUACUACAAAGCCUGAAUGAAGGCAUACUAGUUGAGGUGCGAGAUGGAAAAAUCUUAGGAAAAAGGCUAGGUAAAUGCCGAAGCUUCUGGAGUAUGACAGAAACACCUGAAACAUUUGAACCAAAUCCAAUUGAUAAAAAUGACUACAGCGUUCUGUACACUGUGCAACAGUUUAUACCAGAACUGAUUGGCUUCAUUGAAGGAACAAGGCGAGAAUCUCCUCAAUAUUCCAUUUGGAUUUGCCUUGGGGAACUGUGGCCAGAUGAGAGGUCAUGGCAGAAGAAGUUAAUCAUGGUGCAAGUAACUCCAGUAACACUGCAGCUUCUUCAUACUAUGAGCUAUUCAGGCGGUGCUACCUCGCUCAGGAGCAGUGAAUUAAACCUACAGAUAUCAGACUCUCUGUCAUUCUCCAGUGCUUCUGACAUGCUGCCCUAUUUAAAAGAUCUACAAGAAAUGAUGGACAUUUAAUAACACUUUGUUUUUUAUUAUAGCCAAUAUGCUACCAGUGAUAAUUCUAUGGGAGUGCUGAGGGAUUCUAAGCAUUUCCCAUAGGUGUAAACAGCCAUACAUAUGAGAGACCUUUUUUUUACAUAUGAUUAAAAGGAGGAAUUUAAUAAGAAAUGCAGACGUACAAAAUGAUGAUACUCCCAGCACCACUUGGACUAUCUUCAUAUGUAGAAUUGUGGAAAUGUUUGUUAGCUCCUGCCGUUAUUAAAGGGACGUGAUAUACAAAUAUUGAGUCGCUUGAAAGUGAUUCAGCAUAACUCUGGCUAGAGAGUAUCACAUGAACAUCUCGAUGUAAAAAUGGAAGAUAUUUUACCUCAAAAUAUUAUCAGUAACCACAUUCCACUGUAAAAGGACUUAAAGGGACACUAAACCCAAUUUUUUUUUUUUAGUGAAUAAUAGAGCAUGCAAUUUUAAGCAACUUUCAAAAUGUACUCCUAUUAUAAUUUUUUCUUCGUUCUCUUGAUAUCUUUAUUUGAAAAAGAAGACAUCUAAGCUAUUUUUUGGUUCGAACCCUGAAAAGCACUUGUUUAUUGGUGGGUGCAUUUAUCCACCAAUUAGUAAGAACAACCCAGGUUGUUUACCAAAAAUGGGCCGGCAUCUAACCUUACAUUCUUGCGUUUCAACUAACGAUACCAAGAGAAUGAAAAAAAAAUGAUAAUAGGAGUAAAUUAGAAAGCUGCUGUAAAUUGCAUGCUCUAUCUGAAUCACCAAAGACAAAAAGUGGGUUCAGUGUCCCUUUAAAGUAUUUAAUUAGGAUGCGAGUCCUGGGACUUGCAAGGGAGCGUGCAUCAGGUAUGUGCAGCUACAGUCACUUUCCCUCCUUAGUUUUUAGUAAGUUUACUAUGAAAUCUUGCAACAUUAUGGUGAAAUCCCAUGAGAUCACAGUAAACCAAGGUGUAAACUCAGUACUCAUGAAGCUAAUUGGCUGUUUUUUUUUUACCAAGCAGCUGAAGAAUAACUGCUCACAGAGCGCAUACAGAAUGUUGAGGUAAAAUAUUUUUUUUUUUGUAACUAGAAAUGUUAAUGUUAUAUUGUUUGUUAGCUUUAUACAUUCCGGCUGCAUCACUUUCAAGUGAUUUAGCACAUAGUUUCUCAACCUGUAGUACAUAUAUCUCUGGGGGCAUUGGCAAGGGAUACUCAAGGGACUGCCAUUAUUAUUAAUUUUUGUCCUGACGUAGCUAUGGUAAACAUAACAUAUAUCACAGAUAGUGGUGUUUCUCAUUGCCACCCUCAAGCUCUCCUAAUCUAACAGGGCAGAUUGGGAGCAUUUCACUGUGUAGGUUGGUAAAUUACCUCAGACUGGGAAAUCCUUAUAAUCUGGCCUGUUAGUUACAUUAGAGGACUGGAGUUGAGUGUCACCAAUAUGAAGCUACAGGCAAAGUGACAUGUAAAGUGUAUAACUGUGAAAAUGUGUCACAGAAAUAGGUGCCAUAUGAACGUGAAAUGUGCAGACACAAUGCAACAUGAGCCAGGUAAACUGUGGAAUGACGUUAGACUUAGAAACAUUGUACCAUAAAUAUUACUUUCUUCAUCAUAUGCUAAAAUUUAAGAUUUUAUUUUAAACUUGUAUUUUAAAAUACAUUUCUAACAACAGAAAAAAUGAUUUGACACCUGUAUAUUUUCUUUUGGUUAAUAGAUCGAAUACAAGUUUGUGAAAUCAUGUGAUGCACGUGAUACUCCUAUGUGCAUUUGGGGGACAUAGGAAAUAAAUGUUUGCUUGUAGGGGUACUUGCUACAAAAAAAGUUGACAAAAAACACUUUUAGCCUAUGGGUUUCAUGUCCCUUUAAAGGGACAGUUUACUAAAAAAAAAAUGUCUCCUCUUUAAUUUGUUCACAAUGAUCCACUUUACCUGCUGGAGUGUAUUAAAGGGACACUGAACCCAAUUUUAUUCUUUUCUGAUUCAGAUAGAGCAUGCAAUUUUAAGUAACUUUCUAAUUUACUUCUUUUGCUUUAUUUGAAAAAGAAGGCAUCUAAGCUAAGAAGCCAGAACAUUUUUGGUUCAGAACACUGGACAGCACUUGUUUAUUGGUGGGUGAAUUUAUCCACCAAUCAGCAAGAACAACUCAGGUUGUUUACCAAAAAUGGGCUGGCAUCUAAACUUACAUUCUUGCUUUUCAAAUAAAGAUACCAAGAGAAUGAAGAAAUAUUUGAUAAUAGGAGUAAAUUAGAAAGUUGCUUAAAAUGGCAUGCUCUAUCUGAAUCACGAAAGAAAAAAUUUGGGUUCAGUGUCCCUUUAAAUUGUUUACAAAUUUUUCCUUUACCCUUAUAUUGGCAUUUAAAAUAGUCGAUUUAGCCUGUGGUAUCCCCACCUAUUCUGAAAGUUUCUGGCCAUAGGUCCAAGCUAAAGAUAAUCUGCAUAAACACAGCCAUCAGAAGAAAUUACACUCCCAGUGGGGUAUAGAAGAGCUAAGGUAAUAAAAUUUUAAUUAUCCAUUGUUCUCUCAAAGUAUUGGUCUUUGGUUUGCAAAAGAAGCAUGUAUAUGUACACAAUGUGAUAAAGUAAUGAGAUCUGAUUAUAACUGCAAGCUCAACCCAUUUUAUUAGGUUGUGGCUACAAAACACAAAAUCAGCUAUUUCAUAUACACAAAUAAACCUUAAAAAGCAAA